AGUUUUAAUCUCGCCCCUCAGUCCUAACAUGGGCUAAUCUGGGGAAGCAGCUGGCUCCAGUGUCACCCAGGGUGCCGCCACGCUGGGCUCCCACGAGGCCGCUUUUCUUCCAAACGUGACAGCUUCUCCUCUCGUCUCCUCAACCAGCACCUGAGCGGGCGUUCUGGAGCGCGGCCUGCGGGGCUUCUCUCAGGAGGACUGCCUCUCUUUUCACAAGUUGCAGGCUGGCCCCUCACCAGGCGACAUGAAGGGGUGUGUGCUCCUAGUGCUCUUGGCUUUGUGCUCCGCCAAGCCCUUGUUUCACCCUUCGUAUGUGACACUGAAGCACAUGAUGCUGAAGGACAUGGAAGACGAAGCGGACAGUGACCUUGAUGUGGACAACUCUCUUUUUCCAACAGGAGAGCCAAUUAACCCCUUCUUCCCGUUUGAUCUGUUCCCAACGUGCCCCUUUGGGUGCCAGUGCUACUCCCGAGUUGUGCACUGCUCUGAUCUAGGUUUGUCUUCCGUCCCAAGCAACAUUCCAUUUGAUACUCAGAUGGUUGACCUUCAAAACAAUAAAAUUAAGGAAAUCAAAGAAAAUGAUUUUAAAGGACUCACUUCACUUUAUGCUCUGAUUCUGAACAACAAUAAGCUAACAAAGAUUCACCCCAAAGCCUUUCUAACCACAAAGAAGCUGAGAAGGCUGUAUCUGUCCCACAACCAACUAAGCGAAAUACCAUCUAAUCUUCCCAAAUCGCUAGCAGAACUCAGAAUUCAUGAUAACAAAGUUAAGAAAAUACAAAAGGAGACAUUCAAAGGAAUGAAUACUUUACAUGUUCUAGAAAUGAGUGCAAACCCUCUCGAUAAUAACGGGAUUGAACCGGGGGCAUUUGAAGGAGUAACAGUAUUUCAUAUCAGAAUCGCAGAAGCAAAACUGACCUCAAUUCCUAAAGAACUUCCAUCAAGCUUACUGGAGCUUCACUUAGACUAUAACAAAAUUGCGACUGUGGAACUCGAGGAUUUUAAGCGCUACAAGGACCUGCAAAGGCUGGGCCUAGGAAACAACAGAAUCACUGAUAUCGAAAAUGGAAGUCUUGCUAACAUCCCACGAGUGAGAGAAAUACACUUGGAAAACAACAAACUAAAAAAAAUCCCUUCAGGAUUACAGGAGUUGAAAUACCUCCAGAUCAUCUUCCUUCACUCUAACUCAAUUACGAAAGUGGGCGUGAACGACUUCUGCCCGACAGUGCCGAAGAUGAAGAAAUCGCCAUACAGCGCCAUCAGUCUGUCCAACAACCCGGUGAGGUACUGGGAGGUGCAGCCCGCGGCCUUUCGCUGUGUUGUGAGCAGAAUGAGCGUGCAGCUCGGGAACUUCAGGAAGUAGUAAUUAGUGAUCUCCGUUUAAUAUAAAAUUCAGAAAUUAUUACAUUUGGAAUACUUGAACUCUAUAAAAAAUGGUGGUAUUGUGCAAAUAAGCAAAAAUCUAUUCCUACAUGCUAAGUCCACUGACUUACUUUUAUGACAAAAAAUUUCAACAGAAUUUUGCAAAACUAAUGCUCCAUCGGGAUCAAGAAAAACAAGCAUGUUUUUCUGUACACAAAGGAUUUUGCAUACAUCUCAUGCUUGAAUAUUUUCUCGGUAACAAAAAAAUAACAUAUUCAGUAUUUAACACUUUAUCAAGUCCAUUUUAAAGAUAACUGUACUGUAAAUGGAAUGCUUGACUUAGCAAAACUUGUGCUCUUUAAUUUGCUGUUAGCAAACCAAAAUUGACAAGACUGGCUACAUGGAGAGCACAUUAUUAUUCUUUCAUUAAUAACUUGGGUGGUACUGUAAUAUUUCUAUUAAUGCUGAAGUAUGGUUUCAUAUAAUCUUAUUCAAAUUCCCAUAUUUUACAGUCUUACUGUCUUUAUGUUUAAACUAACUCCUUAUAAUAAAUAAAGCCCUCAGUAAAUGUUUAUUAUCAACUUGACAGAUGCUAUUUACAACAUCUGGUUUCAGACCAUAGCACAUGCUUUUUUAAAUUAAUUAUUAUUACCAGAUUAUAAAACCUCUACGAAAAUGCAUAGUGUUUACAUAAAAUAUGUAAUUCAUGUUGUUUAUUAUCUUAGUUAUAAGCUUUCAACAAUAAGUCAAUUGUUAGGUUAAAUGACAACGUCACCUUGUACGUAAGGAGCACUUUCAAGGCAUCCCUUCUAAGACCUCGGCUGGAAGAGCCUAGACACUGUCCACUCUAUAAAGUUGUCUGCUCAAAUAUGACAAACUGAGCAACUCUGGAAACACAGCUGGUAUAAAUCAACAGGCACAGGACUGAACAAUACACAAAGGAACUAAAAGCUCUGUAUAAAAGAAUACUGUAUCUAUUUUUUAUUUGCAUUCAACAUAGGCAAAACUAGAAAAUAAAAAAAAAUUAAAAUACUGACUAGAA